AUGGAAUGUGUAAAGGGUAAAUGCUUUACACCUGCUGCUGGAUGCAUGACUGAUGGACAAUGCGACCGACAAUCACUUUGUCUCAAUGGCAAAUGUGUGCCCUACUCCACCUUGGAUGGCGACUGUUCAAUCAUGGACACAAUGGACAACUGCAACAAAGACUACUGCGUCCCCUUGAACCAAAGCAUGUUCACUCGUGUUGGCAAAUGCAAGAACACCACCGAAGUUGGAGACCUCUGUACCUAUGCCAAGGGUUGUGAUGUAUUCCGUGGUCAAGAGAGGAUAUCACCAAGUGAGACAUAUUAUAUACAGCAGGGAGUGGAGAAUGGUGUGAGGGCAGAUGGAAGGACUAGACUUGAUUACAGACACUUUGAAUUGGAUGUUGGAGAGAUCGCUCAUGCAUGUGGAUCAGCUCGUAUACUACUAGACAACACACACGUCAUCGUUGGCAUCAAGGCAGACAUCGCAUCACCCACCUCUGACGCGCCCAAUCAUGGAAUGCUCAAUGUGAACGUCGAUUGUUGUCCAUCAGCAUCACCAGAGUUUGAAGGCAAGGGAGCAGAGUAUAUUAAUGUGGAGUUGGCGAAGCAGUUGGAGAGAUUGUUGACGCAGGGCAAUGCACUGGACUUGGCUAGUCUGUGUAUAGUGCCAGGCAAGUACUGUUGGAACCUGUAUAUAGAUGCCAUUGUAUUGGACAGUGGCGGAAACCUAUUUGAUGCUCUAUCAAUUGCAACACGUGCCGCUCUAUACAAUACAAGACUGCCGCAGAUCAAGAUCGUUCAAGGCGAGCAUGAACAAGUAGAGUUUGAAGUCUCAGAAGACCCAGAGAGUUACUCCUCAGUCUCAAUUGACAACGUACCAAUCUGUGUCACUCUAACAAAGAUUGGAACACAGUUCGUAUUGGACAGUACUUUGGAGGAAGAGUUAUGUAUGGAUGCAAGGCUGACGAUUGGAGUUAAUAGAAGGUCCAAUAUAUGUAGUAUUCAAAAGGGUGGAGUCAGUGGGUUGGACUCUAGCACGAUCAAUCAGAUGAUAACAGUGGCCAAACAAGCGGGUCUACAGAUACUAAAGUCAAUGGACGCCAUCUUAAUUCAACAACAACAGCAACAUCAGGUCCUGACCAAUAAAGGAAAGAUACAGCAGUAG